AUGUGGUCCCAGCUGGGGCUUUUCUUCAUCUUGCUCUGCCCAGCCAACAUCAUCGGACUCUGGUGGGCAGUGGGCAGCCCGUUGGUCAUGGAUCCCAACAGCAUCUGUCGGAAGACCAAGCGCUUGGCAGGAAAACAGGCUGAGCUCUGCCAGACGGAACCUGAGAUUGUACAAGAAGUCGCCAAAGGAGCCAGACUGGGUGUCCGUGAAUGCCAGUACCAAUUCCGUUUUCGUCGCUGGAACUGCACCAGCCAUAGCAAAUAUUUUGGGAAGAUCCUACAGCAGGAUAUCCGGGAGACAGCCUUUGUUUAUGCCAUCACGGCAGCUGGUGUUAGCCAUGCGGUCACCCAGGCCUGCAGCAUGGGCGAUCUGCUGCAGUGUGGCUGCGAGGCCACUCGGAGCAGGGCCCCUCCUCUGCCACCCGCCAUCACGGGAUCGGAGAGCUCUGCUUGGGAAUGGGGUGGCUGUGGGGAUGAUGUUGACUUUGGCUAUGAGAAAUCCCGGCAGUUCAUGGAUGCUAAGCGCAAGCGUGGCAAAAGUGACAUUCGGACUCUUAUUGACCUGCACAACAACGAAGCAGGGAGACUGGCAGUGAAGAACCACAUGCGGACAGAGUGCAAGUGUCAUGGCCUUUCAGGUUCCUGUGCCUUACGCACCUGUUGGAAGAAGAUGCCUCCUUUCCGGGAAGUGGGUGACCGCCUGCUUGAACGUUUUAAUGGGGCUUUUAAAGUGAUGGGUGGCAACGAUGGCAAAACACUCAUCCCCGUGGGUCAGAACAUGAAGCCCCCUGACCGGCAGGACCUCAUCUAUUCUGCCGACUCGCCUGACUUCUGCAUUGCUAACCGCAAGACGGGUUCGUUGGGCACACGUGGACGAGUGUGCAAUAGCACUGCCAUGGACAUGAGCGGCUGUGACCUGCUGUGCUGUGGACGGGGUCACCGUGAGGAGACGCUGCUCCUGGAAGAAAACUGCCUCUGCCGCUUUCAUUGGUGCUGUGUAGUUCAGUGCCGGAAAUGCACAGUGCGCAAAGAGCUCAGUUUAUGUAUUUGAGUAGGUACAGGAAGAACAUUGACGAAGGAUGACCCAAAGCAGAAGGACAGGAAGGAAGGUGCCCAUCGCCUGCCACAGAAUCCCAAGAGAGCAAGCAUCGCCAAGCUGUUUAGGGUAUGGGGACAUCCAGGUCAUCUAGUUGAAAUCAGAAUAAUGUGCUAGAGAGGCUGAGUCCACUUUGGAUUCUCAGAGCAGGUUCUUGUUGAUGGUCAAUAUUGUUCCUAGCACUUGACUACAACUUCUUUGUAGCAGAUCCUUGGUAUCUAGCACCAGGCUAUGGCUUCAGAAGAUCCUACCACUCCUUGCUACACUCGACAUGUACUCCUGAAAAUGAGGAAUCCUGUCUUUCCUGAUACUCCCGUGGUCAUUUCCAGCUGCUUGGUCCUAUCUAGGUCUCUUACUAUGGAUUAUGAACUGAUUCUCUAGAGAGGGAGGUGCUGUGCUUUACUUAUUAAUGGAUCUUUACUGUGUUUUAAGAGGACAGCAGAGAUUUCUAUCCAAU